CGCGCCCUGCCACCAACCAAACUCAACUCAACUCACAUCAACUCCCUCGCCUUGGUCGUCUCUUGCGCUUUGGUCCGGAGGUGAACGAGGUUGAGCGUGUGAUCUUGCAGUUCCUUCCAAGCAAACAGCAAGGCAAGGAGUGCAACCAAGGCAAGCAGGACAAACUAAGGCAAGAAGCAAUUGCACGACACAGCGCACGCAACAACCGCGUCUCAAAAGAUGACCAGAAUAUGCGGACACCGUGUCGUGUUGAUAGCAGCAGGGGUGCUGCUGAGCAUGGCAGUGGCGCUGUCGACGAGCCCACAACCAUGCAUCGCCAUUCCGUCAGUGGCUGACGGCGAACAGCUCGACAGCGCAGACGCCGGCGAAGCGGACAAUGCAGGCGAUCCCGCGCUGUUCCAGGCACACACGGCCUUCUACGACCUCAAGUCGUCGCAGAUGCACGCAGAGUACUGGCGGCGGCAACUGCUGCAGUUUGUGCAACCGUCCCUGCACGGCAACUGGUACAUCAUGGCCGUGGGCGGGCAGCACAUGCGCGAGAUCAGCGCCUUCUUGUGCCAGAUGUUGGACGAGACGUAUCGGCGCACGGCCCCAGACCACGCCUCCGCCGGCGAGCUGGGGUGCUCGGGCAUGUGGGGCAGCAUCAACGCCACCGUGCAGUUCUACUUUGCGGUGCCGGCAGUGGUCCAGAAGUGGACGCCGAGCGACGAGGAGCGCCCUGCCGUCGUCUUCUUCGACUCCGCGGGCGUGGACCUCCUGCACACCAUGCCGCACAGCAAGUGGAAGUACUACGAGCACUGGUCCAAGUUCAAGGAGAACCUGCGCGGCGCUCUCGAACACGUGCAGGCCGCCAACAUCCCCGCCGUGUAUGUCACCACGAGCGCCGUGUGCGAGGCCAAGUUUGACGCCGAGCACAAGUGGGCCGCGCGGUACUGCCGAGAGCAGUCUGACACGUUGCGCAAGGCGUGCGAGCACGAGCUUGGCGACCACGUGAGCCGUUUGCACAUGGACGCGCCGUGCUUCCACGCGUGCCGCAGCGAACAUGCGGUUGCGCAACUGUCGCAGUCGGAGCUCUCGCUGCUCUCUGGGUUUCGCAAUGUGGAGGUUGUCAACGCGUAUGCGCUGACGGUUCACCAGUGCUGGGCGACCGCUGAAGGCGAUGGCAUCCACUUCCGCCCGCUCGUGCCAAGCAUCAUGACGCAAGUGCUGCAUCGCUUGCGCAGCGUUAUUGAGGCGCACAACAUCGACAGCCAAUGAGUUGGGCGGACUUUUCGUGUACAUAGCGUACUGCCUUGUGCUGUGUUGCCUUGUGUUGUGUUGUGUUGUGUUGUGUCUGUAGUACAGUGUGUUUGUGUGAUGUGUGUGGAAGUUGUGUACUUGUGUUAUCUGUGUGUGAUGUUCUAGUGCAAUGUGCCUGUAUGUUGUGUUCUGGUCGCGAAUUCCUAUUUCUGCAAUCCUUCUCCACCCACCACCUCUUUUUUCUUUGCUUUCACCCAUUCUUCAGCGAGAUGCAUGACUGUAACAUAAGCGAGGAGUAGCGUGUGUGUCGUUGAAUUGUGCUUCACUGUUUCGUUACGUGUGCAGCAGCCAAGUCAAUACAGACAGACGGCACACGCACAAACUGGCACAGCAACAGAACGAUGCCAAAGCAAAAGCC